GCGACCGAACCAAAGCCCGAAAGCCUCCAUCAACCCCAACCAGCCCGGAGGAAGCCUCUCACAGCGGCACAGAAGGACUUCCUUGACCGCGCCCUCCGCGUCAAUCACGCCGGCGAGCUUGCCGCAACCCUCAUCUAUACCGCCCAGUCUCCUCCUAUCAACAAAGCUCACCCUCACCUAAGACCUCUAAUGAAGCACAUGUACGACCAGGAAGCCGGCCACUUCGCCACCUUCUCCCACCUCCUCGCUCGCCACCGCAUCCGCCCCACAGCCAUGUACCCCAUCUGGUCCGCCGCCGCCACCUUCCUCGGCUGGUCCACCGGCGUAAUGGGAAGGGAGGCGGCGAUGGCGUGUACGGAGGCGGUGGAGACGGAGAUUGGGGAGCAUUAUAACGGGCAAGUGAGGGAAUUUUUGGGAUGGGUGAAGGAGAUGGAGGAGAGAGGCGAGGAGGUCGGAGAAGAGUUGAGGACGUUGGUGGAGGAUGUGAGGAGGAUUCGGGAUGAAGAGUUGGAGCAUUUGGAUCAUGCGGUCGAGAAUGAUGCCAAGGAGGCGAAUCCGUAUGAGCUUUUGACGGGCGUGAUCAGGGUUGGAUGUAGAGGGGCGAUUUGGGUUACUGAGAGGGUGUGA